GACGUCAUCAAAGAAACAUUAUUGGAGACAACUUUUUUUCAGAUAUUUUAUGUGUGCGGAAUAUAUGUGAAAAAAUUCAAUAGAUUUUUUUAUUUGCAAAUUCUCUAUAGUUUAUAAUAAAUUUAUAAUUUAUUGCUGAAAAUUCAUAGUGAAUGAAUUGUUUUUAAUUAAAAUAGUCUCAGAGCCACGACCUUCUCUCCCCGUUACGACGACAACGGUUCUCCUUCGAUAUAUUUCCCCCUUUUUAUAUUUGUUUCCUUCUACACCACACCAUUACUACUCUCACACACAAAAAAAUAAUAAUAAAAAAAUACUACAACAAACAUUUGUACGUACAACAAAUAAAUACGAAUAAAGUGAAUGCUGCUGACUGAUAUCAGUGUCAAAUUUAAUAUCAAUAACAACAACAAACCAUCAACUAUAAUAACAAAAACAAAAUUUGUGCAAAUUUUUUUUUCCAAUUUCAUUAAAGAAAAACAAGUGAACAAAUUUGGAGCUAUUCCAUUGUUAUUAACAAGUGUGUAUUUCAAUUUGAUUAGUUACAACUUAAAAAAGAAAAUCUUUAAAAAUGCUGAUUAAAGAAUUCCGAGUCACCUUGCCAUUAACCGUUGAUGAGUAUCAAGUUGCACAACUUUAUUCAGUGGCCGAGGCUUCGAAAAAUGAAACGGGUGGUGGUGAAGGCAUUGAAGUAUUAAAAAAUGAACCCUUUAGCAAUCAUCCUUUGUUGGGUGGCAAAUAUUGUUCCGGUCAGUAUACAUAUAAAAUUUAUCAUUUGGCUUCAAAAGUUCCAGCAUUUAUAAGACUAUUGGCACCAAAGGGCUCCUUAGAAAUUCACGAAGAGGCAUGGAAUGCUUAUCCCUACUGUAAAACAGUCAUUACGAAUCCCAAAUUUAUGAAAGAUGGUUUUAAAGUAAUCAUAGAUUCUCUGCAUUUAGGCGAUAUUGGAGAAUCUGAAAAUGUACAUGAACUGCCUCCAGAAAAAAUGAAAUUACGUGAAGUCGUUCAUAUUGAUAUUGCCAAUGAUCCCGUUACACCUGCGGAUUAUAAAGUUGAUGAGGAUCCCACAAAAUUCAAAUCUGAAAAGACCGGUCGUGGUCCUUUAGUUGGUGCCGAUUGGAAGAAAAAGGUUGAUCCCGUUAUGACUUGCUAUAAAUUAGUCACUUGUGAGUUCAAAUGGUUUGGUCUACAGUCCAGAAUAGAAAAUUUCAUACAAAAAUCAGAACGAAGAUUAUUUACAAACUUCCAUCGCCAAGUAUUCUGUUGGAUGGAUCGCUGGCACGGUCUGACAAUGGAAGACAUUCGUGCUAUCGAGGAUAAGGUCAAGGAGGAACUUGACAAACAGCGUCAAGAGGGUGAAGUGCGUGGCACUAAGGCCGAUAGUGAUUAGGAACAAUAUUUUUAAAUAAUAAAACCUUUAAAGCAGAAAAAAAUUUAAAAAUAAAACUUAAAGAAAAGAAUAAAACAAACAAUUUAAAGUAAAAUGCUACAAAAAUUUUAAGAAAAAAGAAAACAAAAACAUUAAGUAAAGAAAUAUUAUAACAAAAAAUAAAAAAAACAAUAGCAAUAAAAUUACACAAAUACAAAAACAAACAAAAUAUAUAUAUAUACAUAUAUAAAUGGCACUAUAUUCCUUCCUUACCAACCUUAAAAUUGAAAAUUAAAGAAACAAAUUUAAGAAAAUUAAAAAAAACAAAUAGUUUUUGUUAAACAUUAACAACAACAUUUACUACUAUCACUACCAACAACAGCAAAAGCAAACAAUUAUUGUUAUUAUUAUCAUGUCUACAACUAUUUACCACUUACUACUCAAUGCUGAAAUGCCUGGCUCUCUCUCUCACUUUCUCUAAUCUAAUUACUUAUAUUUUUGUUAGCCUCUUACUUACUUACACUAGGACUUAAUUUUCAUGUCUUUUAUUUUAAUAAUUUUAUAGUUAAAUAAUAUUUCCUCGUUUAGUUUCUUUUUUUUUCUGAUGGAAAGGGAAAUUUUUGUUUUUAAAAAUAUCAACACCAAACACCAGUUACAAACAAAAACUUCAAGCAAUAGUUUAAGUUAAUAAUUAAUAAAUACUUAAUACUUAAUGAACCCACAGAUACCGAUACACACAUAAAUAAAUACACUUAGUAUAGAAGCAGUUAGUAAACAAAACAAAGAUACAAAGGAUACAUUUUAUUUAAUAUUUAAAUCGUUCUAUAUAAAUGACUACUACUGUACUGUGUCCUCCCCAAAACACGUAAAGAAUGGAGUGAUACAAACACAAUUUUAAACAAUUAUUAUUACAUAUACAGUGAUGGGUAAAUAGAAGUAAAAUAUUAUUACAAUCUUCUUAAUUUUAAACUACAAAAAAAAAAGGAAAAAGAAUAAAAGAACAACAGCGUUGAUAAAUUUUCUUAAGAUUUUACUUAACGCCAGUUUAUUAACAUAUUAUUAUAACACGCACUUUACCAACAAUCUACAGUCACUCGUAAAAGUACUAUGUAUCUUAAUUUAAUAUAAUUUUCAUUUAUUGUUUUGAGUUCAGUGUGUUUUUCUGUUUUCGUUUUUGUAAUAAUUAAAAAAAAAUUUACCAAAUCUCAGAGCACUUAAAAAAUAAAAAAAAAAUCAACAACAGUAAACAACAUGUGUUAUUUGUAAUUGUUAGCUUAGUUUAUAAGCAAAUUUAACAAAAAAAGAAAAACAAAAAUAUUCCCAACUAUAUAAAAAAAAGAAAAUAUUUUUUUCCAAUAUUCAUAAAAUCUUAAAAUUAAUAAUGCAUAAUAACUGUUUUAAAAAAAGAAAGUAUAUUAAUAUAUAUUUAAAAAAAGAGAUAAACAUAUAUAAUGGUAAUAAAGAUUAAGAUAAACAAAAAAAAAAACAAAUACAAAUUUUAAAUACAA